GAUAAACAAGCACUUUUAGCCUAAAAGCAUUCAAAUAUACACAAUCCACAUUUAAGAAAAAACAUACAUUAAAAAUGGCUGACCAACUCUCCAACGAACAAAUCUCCGAGUUCAAGGAAGCCUUCUCCCUUUUCGACAAGGAUGGCGAUGGGACGAUCACCACGAAAGAGCUCGGUACUGUGAUGCGCUCACUUGGACAGAACCCUACCGAGGCGGAGCUGCAGGAUAUGAUUAACGAAAUUGACCAGGAUGGAAGCGGUACCGUCGACUUUCCCGAGUUCUUGUCUUUGAUGUCGCGUAAAAUGCAGGAUUCUGACUCAGAAGAGGAAAUCAAGGAAGCCUUCCGCGUAUUUGACAAGGACGGCAACGGAUUUAUUUCGGCUGCUGAGCUACGCCACGUGAUGACGAACCUCGGUGAGAAGCUUACCGACGAAGAGGUGGACGAGAUGAUUCGGGAAGCCGACGUUGAUGGUGACGGUCAGAUUAACUAUGAAGAGUUCGUUAAAGUUAUGAUGAGCAAAUAGGUAUAUAUAUAUUUUGCUUCCAAGAUGGGUAGAGCAAGCCCUCUGGAAUCUAUUUGUUCCAAGGCAACGUCAGAAAGAGCAACAUAUAAAUACGAUAGUAGUAUCCUAGGAUGCUACAUGUAAUAUAUGAUACGCUUUGGAUUGAUGUUUGUCCAAGGAUACACUUAAAGGAUAAACUAUUAUUAUAUAGAUUAAUAAAAAGAUGUAUUGAGAUGUAUAUUUUCUAUAUUCGGGGAUAUAUUUUAGUGAUCUAAAA